CCGCACGGGUCCGCAGGUCGGCAUCAGUUGAUCACACAGCCCCAUAGCACAAUCAACAUGAAGUUCUUCCUGGUCGCCGCCCUGCUGGCCGUUGCCGCCGCCGACAGCGCGCCCUCCUACGCGCCCAGGCCCGCCUACCACCCCCAGCCGGCCUACAAGCCCGCUCCCUACAAGCAGGAGAGCUACGACCAGCCGCCCAAGUACGACUACAGCUACGACGUCCACGGAUACGGAGACUACGAGCCCGUCUUCAACGCCCAGGAGGCGCGUGACGGCUACGCCACCCAGGGAUCUUACUCGGUUGUGCUGCCCGACGGCCGUACCCAGACGGUCACCUACCGUGUGGAUGACGCCUACUCUGGCAACAUUGCUGAGGUCACCUACGAGGGUGAGGCCCGCUACGACGAGUACAAGCCCAGCUACAAGCCCAGCUACCCUCAGCAGAGCUACAAGCCCACCUACAAGCCCGCCUACGGCAACUAAGUCACAAAUAUGUGCAUUGUGUGCUUGAAUGAAUUCUGUUUGUGUUGUAUUUAUUGUGCGAUGUCCUUUGUCAAUAAAUCCAAACGGUCUUAUUUUA